UAUUGAUUCUGAUUUUGACAUAUAUCAUCAUGUAAUAUAAAAUGACAUAAAUUACAUAUGCCAAUACUCUUAUUAUUAACAUGGUUCAUUGAUUAAUAUAACACUCUUCUUUCUCUAAAAAAAAAGUUGCUAGAAACCUUUAAAAAAAAUUACUUUCUUAUGUUUCUCCAUAUUUACUUGUUACCAAUCAAACUCAUUUCUAUCUUUUUCUCCAAAUAAAAAAAAAAAAGUUUAAGGUAAAAGUUAAAUGGUCUUUUUCUUCUUCCCUCUCUAAACCAACGCCAACCGCUAUUAUUCUAACCGCCGCCGGCCAUUUCCAUUUCCAUGACGGUGGCGCCACCAACCUCAUGAUUUUCAAUUACACUUUGUUGUUUUUCUGAUUUAAGCCAAAACCCUACAAAAUUCCUCUAACAAAGAUAUCUGGAACCGAGAAGAAGAAGCGCUUCUGGGUUUCUCCGCUGUUGACGCCUCAAUUUUUCUCCUUCUUGAAUUAUUCUUUGGUUGAGUAGAGUCAUCCUCAGAAUUUGAGUACAGAAAUGUCGAAAUCACAGAUUUCAAAUACAAUUUCUCAAAACUUGCAGCAUGAAGGAGGCAAGAAUGUUCAGAUUGUGAGAUCCCAAAAUGUGCUAACCACAAAUUUGACUAAAGGGGUUAAUAAUAUUCAUCAUACCUUGGAUGAAUUCAAACAUGGGUUUCCAUCUCAGGGCUUAUCAACUGUGUCUUAUAAAUGGUGGGGAGGAACUAGCUUUCCUGAUGGACAUGAAGCCAUCUCUAACUCCAAAGAUGGAGCUGGAUCUCAAGAACUCGCCAAAGUUCAAUCCACUGGUGCAGUAUCAACAAGGGAAGAGAAAGGUGGAAAUGAAGAGGAGAAGGACAAUGGUUGUGAAGGGACAGGUUUACUAAUGGAUGUGAGAAAAAAGGUUGUGGAAGAAGGCAGAGAAGCACUCAAGCUCGGUGUCAUUAGGCGCUACGGUGCACACAAGUUGGGAAAGAAAGAAAAAGCUUUGCUUCUUCGAAUAUUUAAAUCAUCCACUUUGCAAGAAUUGAUGAAUGGAACCUCUUGAAUUUCAAUGAAUUUACAGUAAUCCUGGAUGAUGCUGCUGUUGAAUCUUGUUUGGUGGCUUUAUCAGUAUCUGAUUAGAAAUGGAGCUGUAGUGUAGGUAAUUAAGUAUAUUAUUAUUAACUGAGUUUUAACUUUCAUAUGCUGAAAUUUCAAUUAUUUGUGAUGAUAGAUGUCUUGUAGGUUAGUAAAGAGUUCUUGAUUUGGCUUUGUUAUUUACCACCAUGAAAUCAGAUUCCCUUCUUAGAGUUUUAGAAAGAGUGUAACUAGAUGGCUCUGUUUCAUUUCCAUUUAAGCAAAAAGAAAGUGUUUAGUGGCCUCUUUUGGCUUGUCCUGAGUUAAUAAUAAUAUAACAAUUAACAAGAGCCAUUUUUGAGUAGGCUUUCAACUUUCAUAUAUUUAUUUCAUGGAGAGCUCAGUUAAGUUAAGCUUAGACUCUAUGAAUGAAAGGUGAAAAAAAGAAGAUGGAUUUUAAGAAAUUAAAUUUACAAGCUAAGCUUUUGCUGGUGUGGAAGAAAAAUGGAUUAAUGCCAGUGAACAAUAUCGAAGAAUCCUCACAGCUUUUGCUGUUAAAAUUUAGUUAGUUUAUAUUGUCCUCUAAUAAAUAAAUGGUAUAUUGGUGUUGUGUGGUGUAGAACAAGUGUAACCAAAAACAGAAAAGGAAACAAAAAGGGUAUCUCAAAGAAUCCUAUUGAUAUCUCUUUCCUUAUCUUUUACAUCUUUAACUCAUAAGCUCAAGAGAUGAUAUUGUCAUCUCCUGAGGACACGUGGAUAAAUUGUAUUGGCUACAGCUAAACCUCUAGAGUUUGGGAAAUCAACAAAGACAAUCUUUGUUAUUAAAAAAAUGAAAAGAUAAUCAAACAAUUCAUUAAUACGAAUGAGAGUAGAGAUAAAGAUAUUCAAAGGAUAAAAUAAAUAAACUAUAUAUACACUAUAACUAAAGACACUGAUAGUAUUACAAACUCAUAUCAUUCCAAGGAGAACAAAGUCUCUUCUCCAUUGAAAAUUCUCUUUCAUAAUGGCUUCUUCAACAAUGGCUCUCUCCUCUCCAUCUUUUGCAGGCCAAGCUGUGAGGCUUGCUCCUUCCCCAUCUAAACUCAUGGGCGAGAGCCGAACCACCAUGAGAAAGGCCGCAGCUAAACCCAAGAAAGUUUCAUCUUCAAGCCCAUGGUACGGCCCAGACCGCGCCAAGUACUUGGGCCCAUUCUCAGGUGAAGCUCCAUCUUACCUCACCGGAGAAUUCCCUGGCGAUUAUGGUUGGGAUACAGCUGGGCUUUCAGCUGAUCCCGAAACCUUCGCCAAGAACCGUGAGCUGGAGGUCAUCCACUCACGGUGGGCCAUGCUCGGGGCCUUGGGCUGUGUCUUCCCCGAACUCUUGGCCCGCAAUGGGGUCAAGUUCGGUGAGGCAGUAUGGUUCAAGGCCGGGUCUCAAAUAUUCAGCGACGGUGGGCUGGACUAUUUGGGAAACCCUAACUUGGUCCAUGCUCAAAGCAUUUUAGCAAUUUGGGCCACACAAGUGAUCUUAAUGGGAGCAGUUGAAGGGUACAGAAUUGGAGGUGGGCCACUUGGUGAGGUGACAGACCCAUUGUACCCAGGUGGGAGCUUUGACCCAUUGGGCCUUGCUGAGGACCCAGAGGCUUUUGCUGAGCUGAAAGUGAAGGAACUCAAGAAUGGGAGAUUGGCUAUGUUCUCAAUGUUUGGUUUCUUUGUUCAAGCCAUUGUAACUGGAAAAGGUCCUAUAGAGAACUUGGCUGAUCACUUGGCUGACCCUGUUAACAACAAUGCUUGGGCAUUUGCCACAAACUUUACCCCUGGAAAAUGAAAACUGACACUUAAUUUCUUCUCUUUUCUUUCCUACAUUUGGUAACUGAUGUUGUACUAAACUAUAACAUAUUUUGUGACAUUGAUGGAAAUGAGAACAUGCUUUAUUUUUAGCCAA